AUGAAAGAGCCAGAAGAACUUGUCCCUGAAUCAGGUGCUGUUUUCACAUUUGGAAAAAGCAAAUUUGCAGAAGAUAUUCCUAGCAAGUUCUGGUUCAAAAAUGACAAGCCUGUACAUAUAUCAUGUGGAGAUGAACAUACCGCUAUUGUUACAGGGAAUGGUAAACUAUACAUGUUCGGCAGUAACAACUGGGGCCAAUUAGGACUAGGAUCAAAGAAGACUGUCAGCAAACCAACAUGUGUUAAAGCUUUAAAACCAGAAAAACCAAAACUUGCUGUUUGUGGAAGAAACCACACUUUAGUUUACACAGAAAAAGGAAAUGUGUAUGCUGCUGGAGGUAACAGCGAAGGUCAGUUGGGAUUAGGUGACACAGAGGAAAGGACCACAUUUCAUUUAAUUAGGUUUUUUACCAACCAGCCCAAGAUCAAACAGCUAGCAGCUGGAUCAUAUACCUCAGCAGCAGUAACUGAGGAUGGGCAGCUUUUUAUGUGGGGUGACAAUUCGGAAGGUCAAAUUGGCUUGGCUGAUGAAGCCUGUGUCAAUGUCCCUUGUCAAGUGGAUGUUGGAAAACCUGUUUCCUCUGUAUCCUGUGGAUAUUAUCACUCUGCCUUGAUAACAGGAGAUGGUGAGCUCUAUACUUUUGGAGAACCUGAGAAUGGGAAACUGGGAUUAUUGCCCGAACAGCUGAAGAACAAUAGAGUCCCACAGCCUGUACUGGGAAUUAUGGAAAAGGUUAAUAAGGUUGCUUGUGGUGGAGAACACACAGUGGUGCUGACAGAGACAGAUGUAUAUACUUUUGGACUUGGACAAUAUGGGCAGCUGGGACAUGGUACUUUUAUUUUUGAAACUUCAGUACCGAAGUCUGUGAAACACUUGAAGAGGCAUAAAAUAUGUAACAUUACAUGUGGGGAAAAUCAUACUGCUGUAAUUGCAGAGAAUGGCCUCAUGUUUACUUUUGGAGAUGGGCGACACGGCAAGUUAGGACUUGGAGAAGAGAAUUUUACAAAUCAGUUUGCUCCUACUCUGUGUUAUAAUUUCUUGAGGUUCACAGUCCUUUUGGUUGCUUGUGGUGGUUGUCACAUGCUAGUUUUUGCUGCUCCAAGACCUAAAGGAUCUGAAGAAAUACUCUUAGAAGAUUUAUGUGAGAGCCGUUUGACUGCUACUAUCUCUAAAAUGAGUGGAGACUCACUACUAACAAACACCUUACAACUAACAUCAGCACGAAUGCGACGUCGAGAGAGGGAAGAGUCACCAGAACAGUUUGUUCGAUUGGCACGAACUCUGCCUCCACUGGGACAAAGCUUCUUAAAAUCUUUAUUGCCUGUGACUAGCAACACUAGCCCACUCUGUUUUUCUGCAACAAGUCUUCCUAAAGCUGAACCUGUGAAGGAUAGAGACCAUGAAAAAGAAAAGAAUCAUCAGAAAGAUAAACCUGGUGAAGGCUCUGCAGAAGAAGAUUCAGAUAAUGAAAAUAAUGACAGAAACCUUGGAGAUACAACUGACAUCCUAAAUAUGACACAUGCGAUGAAAUUGAAUCCCAGUGACCAGUCGUUAAAAUUAUCACCACUCCAAAAACAAAAGAAGAACAAUAAAAAUGUGAAACUGAAAAGAGAUGGUAAGGGUGGGCUGAAAAACAAGGAUUCUCAUUUCAUGAAGGAGGGCUCAAAAUUAGACUCUGGCUCUUUACAAAAGCAGUCUUCACUUUCAGAAUCACCAGGACAAGAUAUAGAAAAAAGUAGUGCCUUUGUAGGGAAGCCUGUGGCCAAAAAAAAUACAAUGAAAGGUAAAUCUGAGCAUGCACAAAGUGUUAGCACUUUGAAAAGUUGUGUUCAACAAAUUACUGAGGAAAAAUGCAGAUUAGUGAAAAGGGAAAAAGAAUAUGUGGAAAAUCCUGAAUUUGUCAGAGAGGAAGUAACUUACAACCUUCCCACUGAAAAACAAAUUCUGACUGAAAAAACAAAUUCUUCCAAUCAAAAGUCAAAGGCUGUUAAGUCUAAGCAAUCCCUUAAAAUAGAUGUACUUCCUUUUGCAUCCAGGGAUCAGCCCCAGCCCGAUUCAUUAAUUGUACAAAAAUACAGUCCUGUUAAAAAGCAAGGAAGUCAAGAAGCAGUCGAAAGUCGAAACAAAAUAAAGGAUGUUGUUGAAAAAUCUGAUAAAUGUGAAAGAAUAUGCGUCAGAGGAGAAGAAAGUAGUGAAGAGCAGAGGGGUUUAAAACAAAAGGAUCAAUUUUUAAAACAAAUGGCUGUAACUAUGUCAUCAUCUUCAUCUGGGGAAAGUAGUAAUGAUCUUGCAAAAUACGUACGUAAGAGUAGGGAAAAAGAGGAGGACUACUAUGAAGACAGAGGGAUCCAGAAGGCAAUGAAAACAGUAGAAAAUGUGAAAGAUUUGGACUUAGAAAAAGAAGACAGUGAGAUUGAGGAGGUGCAAGCUACAAACAACGAGAAAGAAUAUGUAGAAGAGACUGAUAUAAAAAGUCUGAAUGAGGAAGAAACAAACUCUGAAGCUAAAUCUGAUGAAGACAGGCAGUUAGAAAUUAAGAAUGAGGAAGAAUCUAAUCAAGAGCAGGAGAGUGAAGUCAGUGAAAAGGGUGAAAGUGAAAAAGAAAAACUAGAUGAAACAGUUGACAGUGAAGGUGAACUAGGGGAGGAAGAAGAAGAGAGUGAGGUUAAAAAAGAUAGAUAUGACGUUUCAGUAGAAAGAGAUGAAGACGAAGAGGAAAAAGAUAAUGAGGAAGAAAAUGAAAGAGAGGAAUCACAGGCUGAAAGAGACAGUGAGAAUGAGGGUGCAGAAGAGAUUGAAGAGAUUAAUCAGGAAGAUGGCAAAGAGCAAGGAGAUGAGGAAGGCAGGUUGAUGGAGGAAGAAGAAGUGCCAAGUGAGGGAGAAGACAAGGAUAUGGAGGAGGAGGAGGGGUAUGCAAAAGAGGAAGACACUGGGGAAAAAAAGGAGGAACAGGUUAAAAGUGAGGGAAGAGAUGAGAGUGAGGAAGGAGGGAGGGAGGAAGAAGAGGUAUCCAAAGAAGAACAGGAAGAGGAAGAUGCAAAUAGGAGGACUAAGGAGGUGGGGGAGGAUGGAGUGGAAGAAGAAGGAGAAGAGGGAGAGGAUGAAGUGGAAGAGGAAAGAGAAGAUGAGGACGAGGAAGAGGAAGGAGCAGAGGCAGAAGCAAAAGGGGAGGAGGGGGAAGAAGAUGAAAACAAGGAGGAAGAGGAGUGGGAAAAUGAAGAAGAGGAAGGGGAAGAAGAAGGAGAAGAUGAAGUAGAGGGAGAAGGGGUCGAAGAAGAUGAGGGAGAAGGGGUCGAAGAAGAUGAGGGAGAAGGGAUGGAAGAAGAUGAGGGAGAAGAGGGAGUGGAAGAAGGAGAGGUAGAAGAGGGAGUGGAAGGAGAGGGAGAAGAGGGAGUGGAAGGAGAGGGAGAAGAGGGAGUAGAAGAAGGGGAGGGAGAAGAGGGAGAGGAAGGGGGGGGGGAGGGGGGGGAAGGAGAGGGAGAAGAGGGAGUGGAAGAAGGAGAGGGAGAAGAGGAAGGAGAGGGAGAAGAGGGAGUGGAGGAAGAAGAGGGAGAGGAGGAAGAGAAGGAAGAGGGAGGGGAGGAAGAAGAAGGGGGAGAGGGAGAAGAAAAAGGGGAAGAGGGAGAGGAGGAACAAGAAGAGGGAGAGGGGGAAGAAGGAGAAGAGGAGGAAGGGGAUGUAGGAGAGGAGGAAGAAGAGGAUGAGGGAGAGGAGGAAGAAGGAGAGGAAGAGUCCAAACAGCAUGUAGCAAAUGGUUUACAUAAUUCAGAACAAUUUUGGAACAACGUGCUACCUCAUUAUUUAACACUAAAGUAGCAUAGACUACUGGAAAUGCAUUUUAAGCCUAUUCAAGAAACGUUGGAACUAUGGCAGAUUGAUUUUUAUU